AUAUAGGUAAUUAGGUAUUAUACAUUUUGAUUCCCUGCUGUCGUGAGUGUCGUGACGAUAAAUCGUAUCAUACCCGAGUGCAACCAUGAUAAAGUAUAAAAGUGCCCAAUGUAAUGUCUGUAAGGAAAAAGAAGAGUCGUGGAAUACGUGGGGCCCAAUAGAUUCCACGACUCUUUUUCCGAACAGAUUACGAAAGUAUGUCCGACGCGAUAAUAGUAUCGAGUUGGUCCGAGUACUAUAUUGGCUGUAUAUUAAUGCCUCUCGUUUUGUUUGCGUUGCGCGCGCCUCUAGUGACCACAGUUGUAACUAGUUAUCAAUAUCAGCUGUUAGGCCGCCUACGCCUCCGCAACACGGCCUGUAUGCGCAAUAUGCGCUUAUCUCUUUUCCGCUUGCGGCAGAGACAUCGAUCGUUCGCGCCGCGCUCUCUCCAGCCAGUGUGAUCGCCUCCGCGGGCAGUCCGUGUGACGGCGUGUCAGGCAGUGCGCCUGUGCUGCGCGUUAUCGAUCCGCCAUCGGCGCCGCAUUGCCGUACAUUCCGGAGGCGGUGCCUCGCCUAGUUUUCGUCGAUCGUCGUGGUCUUUGACGUGGCGGGCGCGUGUCGGCGUCGGCGGCGGCCCGGGCGGCCCUGCGCAGUAGCGCGGCGAGGAGCGCGGGAGCGAGCGACCUUCCUCCGCCAAAACCGGCUCGCGGUCCGCGGCGGAGGCACGGCUGUGAUGUAGCCGCGGCCCGCGCUAGCGGCCUUCGGACAAAGGAUCCGCGCCACUAGAGGCACUUUUCGCGAUGAAGAAGUUCACGUUCAAGGGCGUGCUGGACGGGUUCCGCAGCAGCGUGCAGGCGGCGCCGCGCGGGACCGAGCAGGAGAUCCAGGAGACUCUGCGCUCGGACCACUUCCAGAUCAAAAAGACAUUCCGACACGGGUUCCCAUUCUCGCCAACCGCGCUAGCAUGGGACCCCAUUCAGAAGCUGCUCGCUAUAGGGGACAAGGGCGGCAACCUCAGAAUUCUAGGCGGCCCCGGCGUCGAUGCGCAUGCGCGGCACGAGGCCGGCGAGGCCGUGGUCCGGGCCCAGUUCCUCGUCAACGAGGGCGCGCUGGUCACAGCUACUGCUGACGAUCAGCUCCACCUGUGGACCUUCAGACAGAAGAGCCCCCAGCGAGUACAGAGCCUCAAGUUUCAGAGAGAGAGAAUCACCUGUCUGCACUUACCGCUGCAGUCAAAAUGGGUGCACGUGGGCACGGAGCGCGGCAACGUGCACGUGGUCAACAUAGAGACGUUCGCGCUGAGCGGCUACGUCAUCAACUGGAACAAGGCCAUCGAGGUUACGAGAACGAAUCACCCGGGUGCCGUGGUGGAGAUUAGCGACAACCCUUUGGAUGCCAAUAAGCUGCUAGUAGCCUACGAAACUGGACUGGUUGUAGUCUGGGACCUCCGAGCCAAGGCGGCCGAAUGGCGCGGCUCGCUCGGAACCCCGGGCGAAGGCAUCCGCGCGGCCGCUUGGCAACACGAUGGAAAAUUCAUGACGGCGCAUGUGGAUGGAGCGUUGGCGGUGUGGAACACUCGUCAACCUAGACCCACAUCUCUAUCCUAUCCUCAUGCAAAAGCGAACAAAGAUGGAAAGCUAGAACCUUGCAAACCUAUACACAGACUCGAAUGGAAAACGGCAAAAACGGGGGAAAGCCUAGUAAUAUUCUCGGGUGGGCUGCCGACAGACAAGGCGGGCCGCACGCACAGCAUCACGGUCCUCAACGGCAAGAGCACCACAGUAUUAGAGAUGGAACACAGUGUCGUUGACUUUGUCACGCUUUGUGAGAGUCCACACACGGCCGAUUACCAAGAGCCGUACGCGAUCGUGGUGCUACUCCAGAACGACCUGGUGGUGAUAGACCUGCAGACGCCCGGCUACCCCUGCUUCGAGAACCCUUACCCCAUGGACAUACAUGAAUCGCCCGUCACGUGCUGUUCAUACUUCGCUGAUUGCCCUUCAGACUUGAUUCCUGCUUUCUACUCGGUGGGUCGGCAAGGCAACAAGAAGGCGACGGGGUUCAGCGAGAAAGAGUGGCCGAUUAACGGCGGAGAGUGGGCGCCUGCGUCCUGCUCUUACAGCGAAAUUAUACUUACAGGGCAUCAAGACGGUAGCAUAAAAUUUUGGGAUGCGAGCGCAGGGACCUUACAAAUUUUGUACAAAUUAAAGUGUUCUAAAGUAUUUGAGCGACGCGGUUCAGUAUCCGGCGGCUACGGCGGCGGCGGCAGCGAAGAUUCUCCCUUAGCCAUUCAGCAGGCGGCGCUGUGUGCGGAGUCGAGGCGACUCUGCGCGGCGCUACCGCACGGACACGUAGUGCUAUUUAAAUUCAGGAAACAGGACACACAUGCUGAGACACAUGUAUUAGAAAUCCCAAUGAUAACGGAUUCACUAGAAGAGGAGGCGUCACCAGAGCCUGAUGGCAGUCGCUCGGCGUCUUUCAGUCGUGGUGGGGACAGUAUAGAGGGAGAGAGUAGGAGAAGUGGUGUGUGGGCGGGAGGAGGAGGCGGCAUGGGCGGGCUGCGCGUGCGCGGCGCGGCCGGCACGGGCGGCGCGCGGCGCGCGGCCGGCUUCCAGGCCGCGCUCGUCGCGCUGCAGCAGGGCGCGCCCAGCCCCAUCACCGCACUCACCAUCAACUCCUCGUACGGCCUGAUGGCGUGGGGCGGCGAGCGCGGCGUGGUGGUGGUGGACGUGUCGCGGCGCGCCGUGGUGGCGGCGCUGGCCGCGCACGCGCUGUACGGCCCGCUCGACCCCUGGGGCCGCCACGCCCCGCCCGCCGAGCGCGCCCGAGAGCCCAGCCUCGACCAGCUCGAGGACGGCUCGGCGCGCUCCCCUCCCGCCGCGGCGACCGCCCCGGCCGCGCCCAGCCCGGCGGAGCCCGACGACGACGAGCGUCCCAAGCUGGACGCCCGGAGGAAAUCGACGCCCUGGAAGACCUUCAACCUGAAGCGCCAGCUCUCGAAAGUCGACCUCAAACUGAAGGCCGCGUUCGCGGUGCCCUCCGAACCGAACUUGGAAGAGAAGACGGAGGAGCCCGCUAGCACGUCGCAGUUUUACGACGCGCCGGUAGAGAAAGCGGAGAUCGCGAUAGAAUCGUUGGAAGAGUCGCCCGAGAGUGAAUCGCCGCGCGAGGAUGAGGAGGGAAGCGCGGCGGCGUCGCCGGCGCGCGGGGACAUGUUCGAGCGCAUGCAUAAAGAGCUGCAAGAGCAGGCCCAGAGCCAGCCCGUGCCGACGCAGCAGGGCGACGUGUACGACCGCAUGCACAGGGAGCUGCAGGAGCGCUGGCAGGAGCGCGACGAGGCGACGCGGCCCGACUCGCUGGCGCUGGAGGAGGCGCCGGUGCGGCCGCCGCGGGCCCGCGAGCGCGAGCAGCGGCUGCUGUCCGUGCCCAACAUCAAGUACGGCAAGAAGGCGGAGGUGAGGGACCUGCGGCGGCCCGGCGCGGCCCAGGGCGCGCCGCCGGCCUCGGGCAUCGGCAACCUGAUGCGGCGCUUCAACAAGCUGGACAGCUCGUUCUCGCGCUCGCGGUCCAGCAGCAUGUCCAGCCUGGAGAACAUCUCGCAGGAGGGCAUCCAGUGUCUCGCGUUCGCUGACAGCUACACGAAGAAGUCAGACCCGACGACGCUGCUGCCCACCCUGUGGAUCGGCACGACGCUGGGCUCGGUGCUCACCAUGAUGAUCAGCCUGCCGGAGGCCGACAAUAGGCAUACGCAGCCCGUGGUUGUUUCCAUGAGUGGUGGUCCUAUUUUCAGGUUAAAAGGUUCAAUUCUGGCGAUGUCAUUCCUAGACUGUAAUGGUGCUUUAAUACCUUAUUCAUUUGAGAGUUGGAAAGAUGAUGCGAAAGAUGUAAGAGGAAGCCGCGAACGAACGCCAACGAAACAAAGCUCAUCGAGCAGCGGCAGCCGCAUGAGCCCGACGCCGGGCGCGGAGGGCGGGAGCGUGGGCGACCGCCAGUUCGUGGUGAUCGCCAGCGAGAAGCAGGCGCGCGUGGUGGCGCUGCCGAGCCAGAACUGCGUUUAUCGACAGCAGAUUGUGGACACUGAUUUCGUUGUUAAGGCUGAGAUUGUUAGCUUGAAAGAUAGUGUAUGUCUUGUCAAUUACCUGUCAACGGGGCACCUGGCCGCGUACAGUUUGCCGUCUCUGCGGCCGCUCGUGCACGUCGACUUCCUCCCACUCUCCGAGCUCAGCUUCCAGACACAGUCCAAACAGAGGGGUAUCGUAGACCCAAUGCUCUCCAUAUGGGGCCAACAGCUCAUUGUAAACGAAGACACGGACCAGAUAGCGAAGACGUUCUGCUUCAGCAACCGCGGGCACGGGCUGUACCUCGCCUCGCCCACCGAAAUACAGAAGUUCACCAUCGACGCCGAGUUCUGCGUGAGUCUCAAUGAGAUGCUGGGAGAGUUGUUCCUGCCGCGUGAUAUGCCCGAGCCACCCAAGGAGAGUUUCUUCAGGGGUCUCUUCGGCGGCGGUUCUCGACCUCUCGACCGCGAAGAACUCUUCGGCGAACAAAGCGGCAAACCGAACCGCACCGUGGCGAAGGUGAUCCCCGGCCCCAAGGAGAGCCUGGAUCAGCUGGGCGCGCGCGCGUCCACGGCGUCCAGCGAGGUGGCGCGCGCGCACAUGCUGGUGCUGGAGCGCGGCGACAAGCUCUCCCAGCUCGAGGACCGCACCGAGCGCAUGUCCAAUGAGGCUGCGCAAUUUUCAUCGUCCGCGCACCAGCUGAUGCUCAAAUACAAAGACAAGAAAUGGUACCAGCUGUGAGCUCGCCGGCCUCGACAUGCUGCCGGCCUCGCCGCGGCCUCGCUCGUCGUAGUUUAGUACCGGGCCUCGCGCCCUAGAGCUUAGCUACCCACGUAGAGAUCUUAUGAAUACUUUAGACCCUCUAGCCUCUAGGCGUGACUUGAAAUGAAUGAACGCACAAUAUUCCCGCGGGCAGCGCUGGCGCCGCCGCGUAUCUUCGCUUGCGAAACACCGGACUCUUAUUAUAUCUAAGUAACCGUAUCACUAAGAAAUAAUGAACUAUACUAGUGUGACAGACAUUUUUUUUCUUCAAUAUUCUGUCACCAAGCUUUUGCAGAUGACCCGACAAGAUAUAUCCAGGAUAAAUCUAGAUCAAGACCGAAAAGCGAAUAGUGUAUAAUCCGGAUACGGAUGUUCCAUAUAAAUACAGUCACGAUACUGGGAAUUCCCGUUCUCGCCAUACAAAAUCAGCAGUAGGUACCUGGAGAAUUUCUGGCUAAGCAGUAUAAUCCAAAAGACUCUUGAAUUCUGCGUCAAUAACCGAAUGAAUAUCUAAUUAAUGUAUUUUUGAAAAUCUGGUGUUUUGUAAACGAAGCCUUCGACUUCGCGCUGAAUCGUUCAAUUAUUUCUGUGCCUAAUAUUCUUACUCCUUUCGGCGGCGCCGGUGCGUUUUCCGGGCGAUCGCGGAGCGUCUCAACCGCUGAUCUUCCCACACAAUUUUCUGCAGGUCUUCCCUUUGAUAUCGUCAGGUUUAUAAAAACUCUUCUGUCAUACAAACUAGGGACGAUCGGAUGUCCUUUUAUAAUCAUCGAUAAAUUCAUUAGCUAAAUUUAGCUAGCACAUUUAUGUGACAUCAACAUUAAAAGCCUGUCACGUGAAACAUGCAGCUUGUGAGAUUCUCGGAUUUCUUUUCGCCUAUGACUAUUCUCUACAUAAAAAAGACGCCACUAAGGUUUCACCUGAUAUCGAAGGAUCUCCUUAUAUUUCGUGACCAUGGAAGUCCACCUUUUAAUUAAUUAAAUAAUUUAAAAGGUGGAGACUGCGAUUGAGACGUUGCAAAGAUGUCCCAUCCCUUCGCUUCGGUCCGACGGCGCUCGCCGGUGUACAUACUCGUAGCGCCGUUCGUUCACGCGAUGUGAUAAUGUAAAUAAUCGAAAGCAUUAACUAUUGUACUUAACUCUUUUUAUACAAUGUACCUAACGGUAGCCCGCUCUGUCUCCCGUAGAUGCACUCGUAGGACUAGCAUGACCGGCCGGCGCAAAUAUGUCGCUCGAUAAAUUUAUCGCGGCCGACUGUGCUAGUCGUCUCUUAGCGUUUGUGUCUCGCUCGGCCCGCGCCGGUCCGCGACGGCACAGUUAGUUGUAAAUUUUAUAGAUACGAGUAACAAAUGAAAUAAGUAUAAUGGAUAACAAUAAUAGUCGACGACGUUGAUCUGUAUAAAGUAUUAAGUACAUAAUAAAUAAAGAGAUACUUAUAAAGAUUGGAAAAUUAAGCAUUGGAUGACAAUAAUUUUUGUUACACUCGUCAGUUUGCGCUCGGCCGUCGGUCCGCCGGGCGAAUCCGAUGUCUUACGGCACUCAAUUUUACUUCGCUAAUUUUGUCACGGCAAUGCAAUUAUAUUUACGAAUAAGAAUACAGACAGUCGGAAUAUAAAUUCGACAAAAUACACGGUCCGUGUUUGCAUUUACAAUUAUGUCGUCAUGUUUAUUCCGUGUCAAAAAUUGUCGUUGAGAACUUAGUGACGUAAGCCACGGGUGCCUUCGCAUUAUGUUACGCCCCCAGAUCGUUUGUUUAGCAUUUAUUAGUGAAUUAAAGUUAUAUUAUUGUUAGUGUUUAUAAAUAAUCAGACGCGUCAUCGCGACGCACAUACAAAGAAUAGCAAUACUACGUGUGGGUUACCAGCCUAAUGUAAACCAGACCAAUCGGUGUCGUGUCGGUGUUGCUAGCUAAAACAAAUAAUAAGAUAAAUAAAGCGAUAACUACGCUACUAAAAUAACGACUAAAAGCUGUUGUGUAUAUCGCUGGCUCUUUAGGUAAACGGUGGGCAACGCGGCGCUGUUUUUUAUACAAAUUAAAGGCGUACUUGCUAAAGCCAAAAGUUGUUUCUUCGUGCACGUUUCAAAUAUAAUAAAAUAUAAUGUGCCCUUUUGACUUAGAUCUGAAAGCAUAAAUUGUCGUAGGUAGGUACUUAACGCGGUAAUGAAAGAGCAUCCGUCUCUUACUAUUAAGCGGUGCCACAAUGUGAUACGACAUUCUUGUCGCGCCGCGUCCCGCCCUAGCAUAAGUACCGUGUAGUAUAUCGGUGUAUCACAUGGCAAUAAUUUGUAUCUACGCGAAGCCGCUACACCGCUCCGUUGCUUUCCGAUCAUUUAUACUUAUCCUUCUAAACUUCCUUUGGAUAUUGUAUCGUCCAAUGUCAUUUAAUCGCCUUACUUAGCUUCGAUUUUAUACUCUAUAUAGAGAUGCUAGUUCGAUUUAGUUUGUAUUGUACGUAUUAGUUAGCGUCUGUAUAAUAUCUUCAGCUGUAUAAUGUUGGAUGCCAAAGGUUUGUACUAUUUUGACGCUGUGUUAUACAUAAUUGUUACACGAUUUGUAAGCGUAUUUUAUUUUAGUUUAAGAGUUCCGUUUUUGCAAAUAUGACAACUAGAGUACCUUCAUAGGCUUGCGGUGCAACAGUGCCGCUUGCCAAUAUCACUAUCGUAGCUGUUUUUAACCAGAUUAUUUUGGAAUAAAGACCUAUAUCGGAAUCGCCGGAUUUUACUCGAAAGUGGCUAUUUUCAUAGAACUGUUUUCCCUGGUGUUUCCAGGUGUUUUAAAGCUUUUAGGUAUUUCUUUAGAACACGUACCUGCCGCUCGCGUAUCACUGUAUCGUCGCAUAUCAGUCGAGUAAGGUCCGUUCAAAAUAUCCCUAAAGCGUAAAGUAGAUUUUUCAUUUUCACAAGUCGAGUUAAUAUUAAGGUCCUUUGAAGCAUGUUGAUAUCUCCGUUGAGUAUGAGUCAGAGUUUAUUUCAGAUGAUAGUCCACUAUGUUACUAAGCUUCGUCACGGCAAUUGCUGAUAUGUCGACAAACAUUUUGACAUGAUUGAUGACAUAUUAUCUGCGGGAUUACCAGGAAACAGUGUCAGAAAAUGACGUUUGAUAAAGUCGAUCAUCGUAGCCCUGCAGCUUAUUGUAGUCUUACCCUUUACUAAAGUUGACAAGACGAUAAUAAUCGUUUGUCCCUUUCCAUCAUACCGAUACGUCGGAAAGGAACAAACGAUUAUUAUUGGCUUCUCAACUUUAGUAAACGUUUAUGAAUAAGGGAGUUAGUCAACUGUGAAAGUAAAUCACGUAAUUGUCGUGGCAAGGCCUUUAAUGGCUUAGCCGGCAACACUUCGGCCAUAGCUUAGAUCUGUCCUAGGCCAGUGUCGUCGGUACAGCCUUUGUUUAUAAAUAAAGUACAUUUAUCUACAGUCCGCCAUGUUGUCUAGUCUCCCCUCCUCGGUCUCGCUCUAACCGAGGCCGCGCUCUACUAGUGUAAAAAGGACAAGUUAAGUUUUCCCAAUUUUAUUAAAUUGUUAUGCCGUUAAAGUUUAUAUUGUAGUUCUGUUCGAGCUAGCCGAGUUCCGAUAAUACGCUGAGAAUUCAUUUGGAAAUUAUGGGACUAAAUUAAGAUAAGAUUGUAAAUAAAUAAAUAAAUAACAAAAAGAAACUUGUGGCAAAUUAUUACUUGUUAAUCUGUAAUAAUGGUCGUUGAUUUUAUUAUUUUGUAUCGAUUAAACGACUGUAUCCUUUUUUAAACGUUCGGAAAUGUGGAAAUUAUAAUACUAUAACUAUACAUAUUGUAUAUAAAGGAUGCUGUUGAAUUAUAUUUAUUAUUUAGUUUGGUAGAUGAUUAUUAGUCAUUAUAUAAAAUAAAUUAUAAAAAUAAAAUAUUAUCGAAAUAA